AUUAACGCGCAGUCUGUUAUGACAAAACCUUGGAAACACAAAGCAAGCAUUGGUGUGCCAGUCGCGUAGUCUUAUCAAAACCUUUAUCUUAAUUUGUUUCGCAUUCGUUUUAUUUGAAAGGAAGAAAACAACGACUGAAAAUCCAGUAUUUUAAAGUCAAAGUAGCCUACUCAGGCUUCUGAGAAGAUGGCGACAGCAGACGACUCUCGCUAUUAUAGUGAGCACGAUGACCGUGUUGGAGGAACAAAGCAUCGAAACCGCAAAGGCAGGGGUCCUUUCAGAGCACCAAUGUACAGUGAUCAGAUGUCCAGACCGAAACAUCGUGGUGGUCAUGGUGGGGGCGGAGGGCCUAAUCCACGGUCGAGAUUGCACGAUGAUGAUGGAGAUGUAACCAUGUCGGAAGGGUCACAGGACAGCACCUCUCAGCGCAGAUUUAAUCCCUAUGGGCGGUCGAAUCGUCAUGAUCGCAACCGUAAAGGAGGACGGGGAGGUGGAAAUGGAGAUAAUGGGGGUCACAGAAAUCAUGGACCCAGAGGCGGUGGUCUUGGUGGUUUUGGUGGUGGUGGUGAUGGAAACCGCAAGAACUGGUUCAAAAUGACUAUUCCUUAUGGGAAAAAAUAUGACAAAGAUUGGCUUCUGACGUCGCUUCAGAACGUCUGUUCCAUGCCAUUCCAUGCAGUUCAAUAUCACACUGAUGGCAACAAAGCUCAGUUUUACGUUGAAGAUUCCACAACUGCUAACGCUUUGGUUAAAGUGUCACGGAAAAUAACAGACAAAGAUGGAUAUAAGGUGACUGUUAUUAUGAAUGGCUGCCCACCUCCAACAUUGAUCCACAGUGAUCUAAAGCCUGAGGACCUGGAACAUUUGAAGCAAUGCAUGGCCAAGCGUUUUGAUGGGUCUCAGCAGGCACUCGAUCUGAACAACAUAAGAGUUGAUCCAGAUCUGGUUUCUCAGAAUAUUGAAGUCACGUUAAACAGAAGGAACUCCAUGUUGGGGGCGAUCAAAAUUAUAGAAGAAAACAUUCCUGAGCUGGUUUGCCUGAACCUGAGUAACAACAGGUUAUUCAGGCUGGAUGACUUGGCUGAAAUUGUGAGCAAAGUACCGAACUUGAAGAUACUUAAUCUCUCACACAAUGAGCUGAAGACAGAACGAGAACUUGAUAAACUUAAGGGUCUAAAGUUGGUGGAUCUCUCGUUGGAGGGAAAUCCCAUGUGCAACCACUUCAAGGACCAGGUGGACUAUGUCAGUGCCAUUCGGGAACGAUUCCCCAAGCUGCUCAAACUGGAUGGACAUGAUCUUCCACCUCCCAUUGGUUUUGACUUAGAAGUUGCUCCUGCGACUCUACCGCCCUGCAAGCCCAGUUACUUCAGCUCUGAUGAAAUCAAAAGCAUCAUCCUUUGCUUCCUGCAACAGUAUUACAGCAUAUAUGACUCAGGCGACAGACAGCCCCUACUGGAUGCCUACCACGACGGGGCAACUUUUUCGCUCAGCAUUCCCUUCUCAUUGCAGAACCCUGCAAAAAGCAGUUUAGGAGAGUAUCAGAAAGAUAGCCGUAACAUCAAGCGCCUGAAAGACCCCUCCAUGCGAUUUCGUUUGCUCAAGCACACUCGGUUAAAUGUGGUUGCUUUCCUGAAUGAAUUGCCCAAAACCCAGCAUGACAUUGCCUCAUUUAAUGUGGAUGUCAAUACUUACACAGCUAUACUACUGGCAUUUACAGUGACUGGCGUUUUUAAAGAAGUGGAAGGCAAAUCUCGAGACUCCUACAGAUCUUUUUCUCGAGUGUUCAUUGCUGUGCCUGCUGGAAAUACAGGUUUGUGCAUCGUGAAUGACGAGCUGUUUGUUCGGAACGCCACAACUGAGGAAAUUCGUCGUGCAUUUGUUGCUCCGGCUCCAACGCCAUCCAGCAGCCCUGUGCCAACGCUGUCUGCCCCCCAACAGGAAAUGCUUGCUGCCUUUUCACUAAAGUCUGGCAUGAAUCUGGAAUGGUCUCAGAAAUGCUUACAAGACAACGAUUGGGAUUUUGAGAGAGCUGGUCAGAUAUUCACUGGUCUUAAGGCUCAAGGGAAGAUCCCAGAUGUUGCUUUUGUAAAAUGAGUGAAUGAUUGUUGGAGUUUUAACUGUGUUGUCAUGUCCCAGAUGUGACUAGUAAAAGUACUUGUUCAAUACAUUUUUUUGUUGUUGUUUUAAUUUACUUACUGUAUGAUCUUAUGUAUUGGUUGGAAUAAUAAAUUAGACUGUGACUGAAUGUGGUUGCAAGAAAAGAAA